AUGGGCAAGUUUUGUGUCAUUUGUUUGUUUGUUUUUGUGAAUGUUGCAUCAAGUCGUCUUACUUUGCGUAUGUUGGGUGGUGUGAACACCAAUGGUACCAUCCCGUACAUUGCUUCAAUUAAGCAUUUGAAAAAUAAUGAAGUGAUUAAGUCUUGUCUAGGGAGUGUUAUUUCAAAUCAAUGGGUACUAACGUCCGGUUUUUGCCUUUUGGGCGGGGAUCCAGAUACGAUUUUUGUAGAUGUUGGGGUUUAUAGCCACUCUGAUGUACCACCAAAACGGUAUAAAAGUACCCAAAUUGAGGUACAUCCCGACUUUGAUAGUACCACUGGUCAGAACGAUAUCGCUUUAAUACGAACCGAAUCAAACGUUUUGGUCGCGUCGAUUCAACUUGGUCACUUCUCCAAAAAUGUGAAAAAGUUGACAGCUUUUGGAUGGAACGAAAAUGAUAAAAACGAUUACUCGAAACCUGAACCGUACCACCUUGGCCGACUUGACCUUGAAAUUUUAUCAAUGGAAGAUUGCCAGAAAAAGUUUCAUUCGAGUGUUAAGUUGGAUGAGAAGCAGAUUUGUGGUUACGGUGGAAAGGGGAAAGACAUGUGUGGAGUUGAUUUUGGGGGUCCUUUAGUUGAUGGUACCGGAAGACAAGUUGGGGUUUUUAAUGAUGUGAUUUUUGCCGCUUCGGGGAAAAGCCACCAAUGUCAUUCGCAUCACAAUCAUCCGUUGGUUUUCACUAAAGUGGAGGCUUAUGCCAAGUGGAUUUGCGAAACUGCGAAUAUCUAUUUCUUCAAAUAA